AUGUCACUCACUGAAUCGACACCAGAAGCAGCCGCGAAAGCGGCGGCAUACUCAGCCCGCAAUCUCGCCGUCCUCUCUGUAGACGCACGGAAUGAUGCCCUUACCACAGUAUACGAUGCUCUCAAGGCCGACAAACAAGCCAUUCUGGACGCCAAUGCGCGAGACAUGGCCCUCGCAAAGCAAGCAUCUCAGGACGGCAAACUCAGUUCUAGUCUGAUCAAGCGGCUAGAUCUUGGACGCCCAGGCAAGUUCGAAGAUAUGCUACAGGGCAUUCUAGAUGUACGGAAGUUGCCAGAUCCAAUCGGCAAGAUAGAUCUACGCACAAAACUGGACGAAGGUCUAGAAAUGACAAGAGUAUCCUGCCCGAUCGGCGUACUGCUCAUCAUAUUCGAAGCCCGACCAGAAGUCAUCGCCAACAUCGCCGCCCUUGCAAUCAAAUCCGGCAACGCCGCCAUCUUGAAAGGCGGCAAGGAAUCUACAGAGUCAUUUCAGACUAUCUCAAGCAUCAUAUCGAAAGCUCUCGACUCAACACAAGUCCCCAAUGCAGCCAUUCAGCUGGUCAAGACUCGCGACGUGAUCGACCAGCUGCUCGACCAGGACAGGUAUAUCGACCUCGUCAUUCCUCGUGGUGGCAACGAGCUCGUUAGAUACGUCAAGUCACAUACCAAGAUCCCAGUGCUGGGCCAUGCCGACGGACUCUGCAGCAUCUACAUCCAUGAUGACGCGGACAAGGACAUCGCUGUCAAGGUCGUGGUUGACUCGAAAUGCGAUUACGCAGCAGCUUGCAACAGCACUGAGACACUCCUUGUACACGAAAAAGCGCUCAAGAGCGUCUUCCCAUCUGUAGCACAAGCACUCCUCGACAAAGGCGUAACGCUGAAAUGCGACGCGCCAUCGAAAGCCGCCAUUGCCAAUCUUACAAGCAACAGCGGAGGCUCAAUCCAAGACGCAACCGAAGAGGACUACAAUACCGAGUUUCUCGACUUCACUCUCGCCGUCAAAACCGUCCCAUCAACUCCCACACCCACCACAAACGGCCACACCACCGCCACAAGCCACGCCAGUGAGGACACUGCCCUCGACCUGGCGAUAGCGCACAUCAACGCCCACUCCUCCAAACACACCGACUCCAUCAUCACCACCUCCUCCACCGCCGCCGAGAAAUUCAUGUCAGCAGUCGACUCCGCUGGCGUGUACUGGAACGCGAGCACACGGUUCGCUGAUGGGAUGCGGUAUGGAUUUGGGACGGAGGUGGGGAUUUCGACGAACAAGAUACAUAGUCGUGGGCCGGUGGGGUUAGAAGGCUUGACGAUUUACAAGUAUAAGAUUCGGGGGAGUGGGCAGGUGGCGGGGGAGUAUGGGGAGGGGGAGCGGAAGAGGAGGUUUCUGCAUGAGCGGUUGGAUGCCGUAGGGGCUAGAAAGGCGGUUGGGUCGUGGGUGUGA